AUGUCCUCAACUUCACCAGUUGGCAAGCGCAAGCGCAGCGCCAGCCAUCUCCCAACCCCCGGCCCCAAGCCAGCAGACCUCCAACCCUCUUCACGCGACGCGUCCGGCGAAGAAGGCGAAGACUCAACCGCCUCCAACGCCAAUGCCGCCCCCAAUGCCACAUCUAAAUCUAAGAAAGGCGUGAACGAGUCGGUUCCGCCAUCCAAGCGCGCCCGCAAGGCUUCCGGCGAUGCAUCGCACUCCAGCGCCAACGGCACUCUUGGAAAGGAAGACCCCGGCGAGCCAUCUGAGACGACGGUUGCCAGUAGCGAUAUCGAGGGUGGCGCCCGCUCGACGCGGCCUGGCUUACAUAUUGAUUUGCCUGAGGAGGACAAGGUCGAGGCUCAGAUGGCGCCGCCUGUUUUCGGGUUACAGGAUCCUGUUGGGUAUCACACUAACCCGCCGCCGACGGGUCGGGCGGUGCGGGUUUAUGCGGAUGGUGUUUUUGAUCUGUUCCAUCUUGGUCACAUGAGACAGCUGGAGCAGGCUAAGAAGGCUUUCCCUGAUACUUAUCUGAUUGUUGGUGUUACUGGCGAUGAAGAGACACAUCUGCGGAAGGGAUUGACGGUUCUCAGUGGUGCCGAGCGCGCUGAGACUAUUCGUCACUGUAAGUGGGUGGAUGAAGUUAUUCCCUGCUGUCCGUGGGUCGUCACUCCGGAGUUCUUGUCCGAGCACCAGAUUGACUACGUUGCUCACGAUGAUCUGCCUUAUGGCGCUGCUGAGGGUGAUGAUAUCUAUGCUCCUAUCAAGGAGCAGGGCAAGUUCCUGGUGACGCAGCGCACAGAGGGUGUCAGUACCACUGGUAUUAUCACAAGAGUUGUCCGCGACUACGAUCAGUACAUUUCCCGGCAAUUCAAGCGCGGAGCCUCGCGUCAAGAAUUGAACGUUUCCUGGCUCAAGAAGAACGAGCUCGAAAUCAAGCGUCACGUCGUCGAGCUCCGCGACAACAUUCGCAACAACUGGACCAUGACCGGUCAAGAACUCGGCCGCGAACUGCGCCAGAUCUGGCAGAACAGCCGACCCGGCAGCCCCGCUCCCAGCGCCCGCAACAGCAUGGACUGGACCGGCAGCCGUGGACCCCUUGCCAGCCCUACCGGCGGCAGCAAGUCACACCUGUCGCGAGUUGGCGAAGUUCCCGCCCGGCCCGACAGCCCCAUGGGCUCUCGCCGGAACGAGGACUUCGCUACCGGUUACAGCCUGGGACUGAUUGGAGGCGUUCGCGCUUGGAUGGCCCGCAGCCGACAAUCCCUGCAUGAGCCUCCCAGUGGCUUGAACUCUCCCACAGAUGAGGAGCCGGAGUCUGAGCAUGCCAAUGGCUACGAGGAGGAGGUGCGUGGUCGCACCGGCCACGUCUCUGCUCAGUAG